CAGUCUUACAUGUGAGUCAAAUUCCAUGGACUAUUAGGAUUUGACUUGUUCCAUUCUCUUACACUCUCUGCAUCUUGCACUAAGUUAAAGAAAUGAGAGCUAUCAAAUUCAAAGGCUAAAUAGCCAGAAAAUAUUCAUUCAAACUUCAAUAUUCUUCAAAGAGUGUGGUGACAAUUCUAGUUAAAGGCAGAAACAUAAGGAAAGCAAAAAACCAGAUGUUCCUCACAAGAGCCCUCUUUUUGGCUGCUUUGAUUUCCAUGGCACUGGCUGGGCCAUGGGCCAAUAUAUGUGCUGGCAAGUCUUCCAAUGAGAUCCGGACAUGUGACAGACAUGGCUGUGGACAGUACUCUACUCAGAGAAAUCAGAGGUCUCACCAAGGCGUGGACAUUCUGUGCUCUGAUGGAUCUACUGUGUAUGCGCCGUUCACCGGAAUGAUUGUGGGCCAGGAGAAACCUUAUAAAAAUAAAAAUGCCAUCAAUAAUGGUGUUCGGCUCUCUGGAAGAGGUUUCUGUGUCAAAAUUUUCUACAUUAAGCCAAUUAAGUAUAAAGGUCCCAUCAAGAAGGGAGAGAAACUUGGAACUCUGCUGCCAUUGCAGAAAGUUUAUCCUGGCAUACAGUCACAUGUGCACAUCGAAAACUGUGACUUGAGUGACCCCACAGUAUACCUGUGAGCAGAAGAUGACCAGAUCUUACCAAUAAAAAGCCAUCUUUUUAAAAACUUUGGUGCAUGUCCUACAUCUGAAGAAACUUGUGUUGAAACAGAAACAAAAUAAAUGCAAGAAAGAUGAAUUUUGA